GGUUCGUUUCGGUUCGGCCGAAUGCCCAGGGCUACUCGUGUAGAUCUCGCUUGAACAAGACGACCCCCAAACGCCCGUCACGAGCUCCCGCCCCCACCCCUCACCAUGGCGAAAGGCGGCGGCGGGGAGCCCAUACCUCUGUCGCGGUUCGGCGCGCUGGUGGCGCAGCUCGAGUCCGUGGUGGCAUCGGCGAAGCAGAAGCCCCCCGACGCGCUCCUCUGCUUCGACCUCCUCUCCGAGCUCUCCUCCGCCAUCGACGAGGCCUCCAAGGAGACCAUACAACUUUGGCAAAGGAAAUGCGAGGAUGCUCUCCAAUCCUUGCUUGUCCUUGGGGCCCGGCGCCCUGUUCGGCGCUUGGCAUCAUCAGCGAUGGGCAGAAUAAUCGAGAAAGGCGAUGCGAUAUCCGUAUACUCAAGGGCGAGUACCUUGCAGGGGUGGUUGGUAGAUACGAAAAGAGCGGAGCCCAUGGCAUGUGCAGGUGCAGCACAAUGUCUGGGAGAAAUUUACCGUUUAUUUGGGCGCAAGAUUACAGCAGGGCUGAUCGAGACAUCAAGCAUGUAG